UAUCCAUUGUUUCUUCCUGUAACUUACCAGGUACGGGAUGCUGACUACUUUCUAUUAAAAGAGACUGGACAGGACAUCAUGGGAAAUUCCAGCAUGCAGAGCCACACGCAGCCAUUUGUCGUGCUCCAAGCGGGAAGUCUCCCUGUUAUCAAUGCCAGUUAUGGCCCACUCUAUACCACACGGGAGAUCCCCCUAGACUUAGUGCAGUCGGUGCAGUUAUUCCGGCCCUCACCACCGGUUUUCACCCUCAAAUGGAAAGUCCAGUCCUUUGUCCUGACCCGAUGGGUCUACUCGUCUUCUCCCAAAGUGCGAGUCCUGUUU